CACACACACACAACCACCCCCACUCGCGGCCGGCCCUACCUCACCGGGGCCUCUCCUCCGCCGUCGUCGCGCCGUCGUGAGGCUGGGUUUGGAUCUGGGCCGCCACCAUGGAGUUGGCGGUAGGCGCCUCGGAGGCCACCAUCAAGUCCCUGCUGAGCAAGCUCGGGAGCCUUCUGGCGGAGCAGUACGCCUUGGCCCGCGGCGUCCGCAGCGACAUCCAGUUCAUUAACGACGAGCUCGCCAGCAUGCAGGCCUUCCUCAGCAACCUUGGCAACAGCACCGGCAACCACGACGACCAGACCAAGGACUGGAUGAAGCAGGUCCGCGACGUCUCCUACGACAUUGAGGACUGCGUCGACGACUUCACCAACGGCCUCCGCCCGGAUCCCCAGCCCGACGACUGGCUUUCCAAGGCCCGCGGGUUCCUCUACGAGAUCUGGACCUUACGCAGCCGGAGCAGCAUCGCCGCCCAGAUCGCCGAUCUCAAGCAGCGGGCGCAGCAUGUGGGUGACCGCCGCGUCAGGUAUGGCGUCCGCGACCCGAAUCCCGGCACCGGGAAAAAUGGUUUGGGUGGAUAUACCAUUGCUGAGCACCAGGAGAUAACCCGUCGGCUUAUCGGCAUCAAGGAGCCAGUUGGGGUGGACAUAGCGAAGCUUGAGGAGUGGAUUAGAUCUGAGGAGUUGAAGCUGGGUGUUCUAUCCAUAUACGGAUUCGGCGGUGUGGGAAAAACCACCGCCGCCAUGGCACUGUACCGGAGUUGCGGGGUUCAUUUCGAGUGCCGGGCAAUGGUCACCGUGUCUCAUCACACUGACCCUGAUGUAGUCCUCUGCGACAUACUGAGGCAAGUCAAGAUGCAGGUGAAGGAUCAGCAAGACCAGAAUAGCACCGUAAGCAUCUCGGAGGAGAAGAAUCGAGCAGCAGUAGCUCCCCUCCAGAUGCUCAGCAGGUUGAGCCAAAUCCUGAUGUGUUGGGCCAAUCAAGACAAGGAUGGUAAAGCCUCCGACAAGGAGCACAAAGCCAUAACAGAGGGUCUCCAGAAACACCUCGGGGAUAAUAGGUACUUACUGUUAAUUGACGAUGUCUGGUCAUCAUCUAUGUGGCAGACAAUCUUGAACUGUUUGCCAAGAAAAGAGCAAGGUAGCAGAAUAAUCGUGACCACCCGAUUUGAAGCUGUUGCGAAGAAUUCACUCGUGGACCAUGAUUAUUUCCAUCAGAUGGGUACUCUAGGUGACGAUGGUGCCAAGGACUUAUUUAACAGAAGUUUGUCCGAGUGCAGGGAUACUCAAAGCACUAAGGCAAGUCAGAAUGAUCAAGUUCCACCCGAAAGAAUCUGGAAGAUGUGUGGCGGCCUGCCAUUACCCAUAGUUACCAUGGCUGGUCUUGUGGCAUCCAACAAGGACAAGAAGCCAGAGGAAUGGAAUGACGUUUGCAAGACCUUGUUUCCAGAACAACAAGUAUGCCAAAAACCGGAGGAAUUUAUGAGGAUAAUCAAUUACUGCUACGGUGUUUUGCCUAGUGACCUCAAGAUUUGCUGCCUGUAUUUUAGCAUCUUCCCAAAGGGUCGCAAGAUCAGCAAAAAGCGGCUAAUGAGGAGAUGGAUAUCGGAAGGUCUUGUCAGCGAGAAGCAAGGGUUGAGUGUGGAAGACGUUGCAGAGACGUGUUUUAAUCAACUUAUUAAAAGGCAGAUAAUACGGCCUGUAGAGAACAGCACCGAUGGCAAGGUGAAGAGCUGUCAAGUCCAUGACAUGGUCCUUGAGUACAUUAUAUCCAAGGCAGCCGAAGAGAAUUUCGUCACUGUGGUUGGUGGCCAGUGGUCCGUACCAACCCGUAGCAACAAAGUCCGCAGGAUGUCCCUCCACAGCAGUGACUCCAAACAUGCGAGGAAAGCAUAUGCAAUGAACUUGUCUCAUGUCCGAUCACUGACUGUGUUUGGGAGCCUAGAGCAACAGCGGUUUAAAUCAUUCAAGACUGGAAUAGUGCAAGUACUAGACCUCGAAAGUUGCAGUGGUUUCAAGGCAAACCAUGCCAGUGUCUCGGACAUCUGUAAAAUGACUCUUCUCAAGUACCUGAGCCUCCGAGGAACAGACAUCAGCGUACUACCACCGAACAUUGGGGAUCUCAAGUAUUUGGAAACACUGGACAUAAGGCAGACGGAAGUUGAAGAACUGCCUAAAACUGUAGUUCUGCUGGAACGAAUCAGCAAUAUACUUGGAGGAGAUAAGAGAACACGGAAAGCCUUGAAGUUGCCUAAAGAGAUCAAGAAGGGAGCAAUGAAAACCUUGCGCGUACUGUCUGGGAUCGAGAUCACCGAGGGAUCGACUGCUGUAUCAAACCUUCAUGAAUUAACUGGGCUUAAGAAGUUGGCCAUUUACAAGCUUCACAAGUCUGGCCAUGAUGAGUUGCUCUCCACUAUCCAGUACCUCGGCGGUUAUUCUCUUAAAACUCUUGUGAUUGAUGAUGAGUCAUCUGAGUUCCAUGAUAAACUGGACGAAAUGUCGACACCUCCACUAUACCUGAAUGCUCUAGAGCUGUCCGGCAAGUUGUGUAACUUCCCAGAAUGGAUCACUAAACUCGGGGACAUUGUCAAGUUAACCCUUUCAGCAACACUUCUUGGGGCAGAAAAUCUGGUGAGACUUAGGGGCUUGAAGACAUUAUUUUCUCUCACCUUUUCAGUAUGUGCAACAAAACACGAUCCUGAUAUUGCAGCCAUUCUUCAUAAGAACAAAUCUGAUUAUGGCGGCGAGAUCUUUUUUCCACCUGGAGGGUUUGCUAAUCUCAAGUUGUUCCGCAUCUUCACACCCAUUCUUCCAUCACUGAACUUCUCAGGAGGGGCGAUGCCAGGACUUGAAAGGCUUGAGCUGUGUUUCAAAAGGUUGGAAGGUCUUCAUGGCGUGGACAAACUUAAACUUCUCCACGACUUGAUCUUGACAGUUGAUGGAAAAGCAGAUAACACGACCAAGUCGAUACUAAAUGAUCUGAAAGCAGCAAAAGGUAACUACACCCUAAGCAUUAAGGAAUAGUGUGAUUGACUGAAGCGUCGACGUGCUAUGGUGUUUCUUGGAUCUUACAAAAUCAUCCGACCUUGCUGUAUCGUCAUGCGUCAGUGGAGAUGUUGUCUUUAUGCAUUGAGUACUCGGUUAUAUUUUGGCGUAAGUUUCCUUUUCUUGUUUUGUUGGAAAUAUGUCAAAUAGUUGUAUGGGUGAACUGGAACCUUAUGCAAUUUGUUUCAAGGGUGGACUGUUGCCCUUUUACCAA